CAUGCAACAGUAGUUUUAUACCCUCCGCACAGUUUUACAAAUCAAGAAUAGAUAUGAUAUCAUAAACAGGUUAAACUACCGCAUAUAUUAUUAGUAUCAAUAUUGUUUGUUAUAUACAGAGUAUCUUAAACGAAAAUAAUAUGCACAAUUUGAUUACUUGAGGCAAUGUAUGCAUAAACUCAUUGUGGAAUAUAAAAAAGUCGACUUUCAGAUAAUUCGAACAAAGUGAAUUGGGCUGAUAAAUCUAGUGAUCAAGGCAUCAUUGAUCUUACAUUCAGCUAUUUCCAAAUAUUGAAAGAAAAAAUUAGUAUCCUGAUGCAUUUGCUAUUUGUUUUGGCCACGUCUUACUUUAGUUCUGCCCAGCAAGCAAUCAUUCCCAAUGAUCCUAAGGUAAAUACUGAUCUACGAUACCACUGCUAUACAAACUUAUAUAGAAUUGGAGGUUUAGCUAACAAUCAAACAAAAAGGGUGGCAGGAAAAUGUGCAGAAGUAACUUGUUUUGAAAACAAAAAUAUUGUUCUUUAUGGUUGUCCAUCAGUUCAAAUACCAUCAGGCUGUCAAGUGUUAGCUGGGGACCUAAGCAGAACUUAUCCUGAUUGCUGCUUUAUAAUCAAAUGUUGAUAAGUGAUAUUCAAACCAUGUGAAUAAUUACCCAUAAUAAAUCUGAAAUCUAUUAAUACCAAAACA